AUGCAAUCCAAGACUUUGAUUCUGUCGGCCGUCCUUCUGGGCUCGGCGAGCGCUUUCCUUUUCCCACCAGCCGCCGGUGGUGGAUGUUGUCCACCUCCAGCACCACCACCAUCUUGUGGAUGUGCUCCCCCACCACCACCAUGCCCAGCUCCCCCACCACCUCCUCCACCAUGCCCACCACCACCAGCCUGCCCUCCCCCACCUCCUCCACCAUCCCCAUGCGGAGGUGGCGGAUAUGCUCAGGCUCCAGUUCAGGUGUCCGGAGGUAGCGGUGGAUACGCCGUCGCUCCAUGUAUGUUUUAUUUGUGCAUUGUUUUAUUUUUUGAUCUUUUAAUUUUAAUAUUUUUGUGUUUUAGCUGCUGGUGGAUCUUAUGCUUCUCCUCCAGUUGCUCCAUCUUACGCUGGAGCUGGCGGUUACGCUGGCCCAGCCGCCGGAGGUUACUCCGCUCCAGCCCAAGGGGGCUACAACGCCGGCCCAGCCCAAGGAGGAUACAGCGCUCCAGCUCAAGGUGGAUAUAGUGCCCCAGCUCAAGGUGGAUACUCCGCGCCAGCUCAAGGAGGCUACAACGCCGCUCCAGCCCAAGGAGGAUACUCGGCCCCAGCUCAAGGAGGAUACAGCGCUCCAGUCGCUGCUCCAGUUGCUGCCCCAUCUGCGACCGGAUACAACCAGGAGCCAGCUCCUCUUCCAGUUGCUCAAUCUCAGCCUGCUCCUGCUGCCACUUCUGCCCCUCUGCCACCUCCACCACCACCAGCCCAAGAGGAGGAACAGGAAUACGAAGAAGCCCAGCCAGCUGCCGCUCCUGGAUCAAACUACCAAGAGACUCAGACCUCCGCUCCAGCCCCUGCUCCAGCCCCAGCCCAGAGCUACCAGGAGACCCAAACCUCCGCUCCAGCUGCUCCAGCUCCAGCCUACCAAGAGACCCAAACCUCUGCUCCAGCCCCAGCUCCAGCUUACCAAGAGCAGACCGCCGCUCCAGCUGCCCCAGCUCCAGCCCAGAGCUACCAGGAACAGACCCCCGCUCCAGCUGCGGCCCCUGCCUACCAAGAGCAGACCCCUGCUCCAGCCGCUCCCGCUCCAGCUCAGGAAGCCGGUCAGGAGUACGAAGAGGAAGAAGGAGGAGACUACGCUGAUGAGGCUCAACAAGGAGAAGGAGAGGCCCAACGUCAAGGAUACAGAAAGAGAGUGUCUCGCCGUCGUGCUCGCGCUCACGGCGCCUCGACUGUUCAACUGAACCCCAAGUGCAACAGUGAGAAAUUGCACACCAUCUUGGAGAAGGUAAGUGCCAGCUGACGCAUUGUAAAGUAGAAUUGGUGAGAACGCCAAACUACACGCUCAAAGUUCUGAAAAAUCAAAAAUAGACGCGAGAACGGACUGAAAAUUAAUACUCUUGCAGAACAUCGCCGAAAGCACCGCUCACUCCAAGCGCGCCAUCGCCAAGGCCGCCAAGAAGGAGUUCGGCUCCAACUUCGACGUGGUCUGCUCCACCGGAGACUUCAGCUACUUGGCCAACACCCGAUUGUUCUGCGAGCACAAGGUUCAGGACAUCACUUGCUUCGCUUUCGAGCACUAA